UGGUCAGCGUGAUGGAGCAAAAAGAUGGCGUAUUUAGAACGGACUAUAUUUUCAGCGUGAAUUUCUUCGGAUUAAGCACACUUGACAAAAAGCGAGGACCAGAAGGAUGCAUAGAUUUCUGUUACAAGACUAAGACCCUUGGCAAAAAGCCCCCGUCUUUACAGCUCUUCAAAGCGGAUCGAAACACAACCCUGGAUUUCAAUUUCGACACGGAGAGGUCUUAUCAAAUUUGGUCCAGUCCUAAAAAAUUUAACGAGAAGUUUAAUAUGGAGUGGCGUGCCGUCUCUAUUCGUGUAGACGUGUCAGAGCCAUUUAUGCUGAUUUUUAAAUCAUCAUUCGCGGACAAAACUCUGAAAGACUGGGUGAUGGUCGAUAAUCUUAGUGUUAAAUACACAUCGUGUGAAAAUCGGAAAGCAGUCGAAGGGUUCGAUCCGAUGAAAAAAAUGAGUCGCCUCAGAAGACUGACUCGUCCUGCUUCCAAACCAUUUACACCGGGAUCUCCUAGAUCAUCCUCGUGUGGUCCGUCUCUGGGAUCAUUCUCAAGAUCUUCAUCAAUACUAUCACCUUCUGCGUCUUCAAUAGGAUCAUCGUCGCGGAAAUGGAUUUCUGGAUUAUUAUCAAAAGGAUCUUCGUCAAUAUCACCAGCCUCUGACUCGUCAAUAGGAUUAUCACCGCGGAGACGGAUUGCUGGAUUACUCUCGAGGAGGUCCUCGUCAUCAUCAACUUCACGCUCGUCCUUGGGAUCAUCUUUUCGAGGACAGAUUUCCAGAUUUUUCUCAAGGAAAUCCUCGUCAAAAUCAUCAACUUCCGAAUCAUCCACACAGAAACCGAUUUCUGGAUGAUUUCCGAGAAGA